AUGUCGAGCUGCAGUAUCGAUGUUGCGCCUGAGCAACUCUGCUACAUCCCCUGCAACUUUUGCAAUAUUGUUCUUGCGGUGAGUGUUCCAUGCAGCAGCCUGUUUGACAUUGUGACCGUUCGAUGCGGGCACUGCACCAAUCUAUGGUCCGUGAACAUGGCCGCCGCGUUUCAGUCACUGUCAUGGCAAGAUGUUCAGGGACCUGGGCACUGCAACCCAGAGUACAGGAUUGACACUGGCUCCACGUCCAAAUGCAACAACAGGAUUGCAAUGCGUGCACCCACCACUCAUGUCACUGAGGAAAGGGUUGUGAAUAGGCCUCCCGAGAAGAGGCAGCGCGUACCUUCUGCUUAUAAUCAGUUUAUAAAGGAAGAGAUUCAGAGGAUCAAAGCCAAUAAUCCUGAUAUCAGUCACAGAGAAGCUUUCAGUACAGCUGCAAAGAACUGGGCACAUUUCCCCCACAUUCACUUCGGGCUGAUGUUGGAGAACAACAACCAAGCUAAGAUGGAGAAUGUUUCUGAGAAGCGUUUAAUGUCAAGGGCUGCGCUAAUGAAUAAAUGA